AACUGCAUGACCUACUUCGGGUGCCAGUCAUACAACGGAAACAUUCUGCACCUGGCCCCCACCGUCUAUAAGAUCUUCAGAAAAUUUGAUGACGUGGCUAACUUCGUCAUCUCCUCCUGCCUUGGGGCCCCGAGCAUGACGGCCCAGGACAGGGCCCAAGUGGUGGAGUUCUGGAUCCAGGUGGCCAAGGAGUGUCUGGACCUCAAGAUUUUUGCAUCCCUCCACACUAUUCUCUUGGCCCUGCAGAGCCCUGCUGUGGGUCGUCUCAAAUGCACCUGGGGACAUGUUUCCUGGAAGAGCUCCAGGAUGCAUAAGAGGCUUAUGAAGGAGAAGUGGCUUAACCGGAAGUGGCUCUUUACAGAAAGUUCCAUUGUACGUGAGAUCAUGAGAUACAAGUACAUGGCCACGAUGUAUCACCUGGAACCCGAGGAGCACUUCAGGUCCUUCUUCCAGACCGUGGAGCCCCUGAAUGAGCAGGAGAGCUACACCCUGUCCUGCCAGCCGGAGCCCCCAGGGAAGAGGGCCGGCAGAAAGGGGCUCUUGUUCUUCAGGUCCCACAACAUUUAAACUUGGCGGCCAGAGCCAGCUGCUGUCAUCGCGCCCACGACCCAGCUGGUACCCUGGCUGCGUGCGGAGGAGAGCUUCCCCUUUGGACAGGAGGCACCCGGCGCCCCAGGACCCUGGUCUGCUUGUUGCUCCUCUUCCUCCCGAUGCUCAUCCUGAGCCUCGUCUGGGGCAGAUGCUCUUGCACCUCUUCCAUCAGCAGACUUGGGCAGCUUCCCAGGCUGCUGCUGCAGGCUCAAGGACCCGUACGUAGCUGCAGCCAAUGGAACAGACUGGAGAGCCCAGA